AUGGAGCGUAUAAACAGGGGCAUUGGCUCCUCACCCGGAUCCAAUAGUCUCGUCUCCCGAAUUCUGCAAGUGGCCCUCGGACUGUUCGUGACUACGCAAGACAUCCCUCCGCUUUCCGACAAUCAUCGACUCCUACCGUAUGAUUGCGCCUUUGAUACCGACUGUCGCUGGCAAAGCGUUGGAGGGUUUGUCGAUAAAUGGCGCAUCGCGAGGGGCGAGCCGGACAGUCUUCUCUGGUUAGCAGCGACGGGGACAAUGCAACUACCCAUCGAACCGUUCGUACUGGUCGAGCAACGCGGGCAAAAGGUAGAUUCCCUGAUGAGUGACGAAAUCGAAUGCCAGAACGGGACCGCGAAUUUUGCCUUCAAUUAUUGGGCAAUCGGAAAUGCCGAUUUGGAGAUUUGUCUUACGCACCUGGAUGGCACAAAAGAAACAUGGGCCACCAUCAGCCCGGAGCUCCGAACGACCACCAAACCGACAACCGAACCACCUACAACUUAUACCACCGCAGCAACGAGUGAACCGCCCGAAAAGAGUACCGCGGUGCCUGCACAGACGACGGAAAAGCCGUUUGAACUUUUGAUAAUCGGAAAUAAGACCGAGCCGCUGUUCGAUCGUCGCAUUGGCGUGAUUAUCAACGAUUCGGCGAAACUGCUGUGCGAUUUCAACGAGGAGUUCGCCUGCCAAUGGGGCGCAGAGGCCGGAAAAUGGGCCAUCGUCAGAGCAGCUGCGCUCGUCCUCCAGGGUUCGGCCAUGCUCACCUCCGAUCCGAUACGUUGCCAAAGUGGACCCGGGAAGCUUCUCUUCCGUUAUUGGAGUAACGGAGACGUUCUGCUACAGGCGUGUGCCCUUGGCUAUGGAGUGGAUAGCAAUCGAAUUGAUUGCGUUGACCAAUCCACAAAGACCGGCAUCGAUCCGACGUUGGCCGUAUUCGAUUUCCCGAAGUCUAUCAAAGAACCGUUCACGAUGAACCUCGUACCGCAGUGGCCACGCGGCGUCCAGAAUAAAUACUUGAUCAUUGAUGAGAUCGCCUACAUUGGCGAUUGUGUGCCGCCAUCCAUCACGAAAGCCACGAUUCUACUCCCCACCGGCGUCAUUAUGCCGCACGAGAAGCCCAUACCCGAAGCGGCGCGAAAAACGUUACGGCCGGUGGUCAAUGGAGUGACAUUGAGGCCUAUAAUGACGAGGUCAACCAUUCCAACGGCUACUUUCCCAAGCACCACGCCCGAUCCCGAGGUGGAUUAUGAAGAGUUUACGGAACUUCCAACGACCAACUCGGCUUCUGCGUCCACUUACCGUCCGAGAUCCACAAAAUAUACGAGGCCAGCGCCUGAUCGGCGAACCUUCCCCUGGCGCACCACAACUAUCCGUCCAGUGGUGCGACCGGAUGAAUAUAUCGAAAUCUCGUCCGGUAUGCCCGCUGGAAACUAUUGCUCGUUGCUAAACUGUAACUUUGAUGAGAACGCAUGUAACUACCUGAACCACGGCUUGACCAAGGUGCCAUGGACACUGAGGAACCGCGGAUAUGGAUUUCCGCUAAGUGCCUCAACCGACAUUCGACCAACGCACAGCAAUGGGCAAUUCGUGUCUGCCGUGCUGUUUCCCGGCGACAUAGCCAUACUCGAGUCACCACGGUUCAACGCGACACGGUCGCUGAAUGUUCUACUCUUUCAAUACUUCCGCCCUAGCCACAUGUCCACGAUUAGGCUCUGCUUGGGCAGUAGCUACACUGGUGUGAUGCGUACCGCUUCAGCCUUCUUACAAUGCCCCUCGAUCCUUCGGUCGGUAACGGCGCGAAACGCACAACGGUGGAACACGGUUCACGUACAGAUUCCACCCGGAACUACCAAUUUCUUCCUCGUGGCGCAGAAUAGUGGACGGGCAGAAGGCCGGGCGGCAAUCGGCAUCGACAACAUGAGGAUGGCCAUCUGCGAUGCCCGACAUUUGGCGGCCAGCGAGCUACACGAGAUGUUCGAUCCAUAUGACAUGGAUAUAGAU